AACGAUACGUUGUCUACUACAUCCCACUUCGUCCCGUAGUUUUGCCCUACUGUCCUUUUGCUAGCAUCCGGCACUGAGGUUGACGUGAUAUGGCUAAGUCCGUCCCCGCCCGCGACUUCACCGUCGGCUGGAUCUGCGCUCUGCCCAUCGAGCUGGCAGCCGCAGCUAAGAUGAUGGACGAGAAAUUCGCCGAUCUUCCGUCCCAGCCGACCGAUUCUAACCUUUACUCCUUCGGCCGAAUCGGCGUCCACAACGUCGUAGCUGCAUGUUUACCCGCCGGCCAAAUGGGCACGAACCAAGCAGCUACGGUGGCUAGCCAGAUGAAAAUCAGCUUUCUAUCGCUCCGGUUCGGCGUUCUGGUCGGGAUCGGCGGCGGCGUUCCUAAUCUCGACAACGACAUCGACAUCCGACUCGGCGAUGUUGUCAUCAUGAUCCAGUACGAUUUCGGGAAGACGGGAGCUGAUGGUCGUAUUGCUCGCACGGGCAGCCUCAACGCGCCACCAACGAUCCUCCUCAACGCCUUGACUAAGCUCCAUGCUAGUGACUUUCUGGGCGAGACACAAGUCCUUACACACCUGUCACAACUAUCUACACAACCGAAGUUCGCAUCACCAGGCCCUGAAAAAGACACGCUCUAUAACGCGUCAUCGCUACAUAUCGCCGGAGCUAUAUGCGCGAAAUGCUGUCCAGAAGACGCAGAGGACCGGGACGUACGUACAACACUAGACCCGGUCCUCUUCUUCGGCAACAUCGCAUCUGGGAACCAGGUAAUGAAGGAUGGUCAGACGCGCGACAGAUACAGUCACGAGCUAGGAGGCGUCUUGUGCUUUGAGAUGGAGGCAGCCGGUCUGAUGAACAACUUCCCUUGUAUUGUCAUCCGUGGCAUCUGCGACUACGCAGACGCGCACAAGAAUAAGCAGUGGCAACCCUACGCAGCAGCGACGGCAGCAGCAUACGCUAAAGAGCUGCUAAACACCAUCCCACCGUUAACUUCUAGCAGUCUAGAUAGGCCAGAGGAUUCUUGUCAGAAACCCCACUUCAUCGUUCCAUUUGGACGAAAUGAAAACUUUGUUGGCAGAGAUGCGAUCUUGACGCGGCUCCUGGAGCGGAUACCUCCGAGUGCUAAUAAAGACGCCUGUCAGAGGACGGCGAUUAUAGGCCUUGGGGGGAUUGGCAAAACACAGGUCGCGAUCGAAGCCGCCUACCGCGUUCGCGAUGCACACCCAGACUGCUCCGUUUUCUGGGUUCCGGCUGUGAACACAGUCAUGUUUGAGAAUGCAUAUCGUGAAAUCGGCCGGGCGCUCAAUAUCCAAGAUAUCGAGGAUGACCAGGCAGAUAUCAAAGGCUUGGUAAAGGCUAUAUUGGAACGUAAUAAUUCUAACAGCUGGCUUUUGAUCGUCGAUAACGCCGACGACACAGAACUGCUAUUUACAAGCUCCAAGCUAACGAGCUAUCUCCCCUCUAGUCGGAAGGGCUCUAUCCUGCUUACAACGCGAAACCAUCAGGCCGCAGCAAGAUUCAGUCGUACUCUCCCUAUGCGCCUAGUAGAGAUGGAUACCAUGGAAGCCACUAACCUCCUGCGCAAAGGCUUAGAUGAAAGCCAGUUUAGCGACAGUCAAAGCACGACACAAUUGCUCGAGUACCUCGCUUACUUGCCCUUAGCCAUACGACAGGCAUCGGCUUACAUGUCUUCUAACAAAAACGUAACUGUAUCCAAAUACCUUGGAUAUUGCAAGGCUAGUAACAAUAAGCUGGUGAAGCUGUUGAGCAAGGACUUCGAUGACCAAGAUCGAUACGAGGAUAUUCGGAACCCAGUGGCCACAACGUGGCUGAUCUCCUUUGAUCACGUCUCAAGAGAUAACCCACUUGCAGCAAAAUACCUCAGUUACAUGUGUUAUCUUGCAGAGAAAGAUAUCCCAAGAGCUCUUCUGCCCCCUGAAGAGGACGGAAUGGAUACAGACGACAUGAAUGCCGAUGAAGCGAUAAGCACGCUGGUAGCCUACGCCUUCAUUCUGCAGCGGGAUACUGCGGAUAGAUUUGAUAUCCAUCGACUGGUGCGCUUAGUGAUGCGUAACUGGCUAAGGGAGCAAGGGAAGGAAGAAAAGCAGGUAACAGAGACAAUUUACUGGCUUUGCGAGAGGUUUCCUUGGCCAAAGCACGAUAAUAGGGAAGUUUGGAUGGCCUACCUGCCGCAUGCGCAGGCGACGGUUCAAGUGCGGAAUAGGUGCAUAGACGAUAAGGUGCUAUGUGACCUAUUGUCUAGAAUAGGACGUAGCAAUACUCUACUUGGGAAGUACGACGAGGCAGAGCAGACACAUCGGCAGACACUCGAGCUGAGCCAGAAGGUAUUGGGACCAGAGAAUCCCUCCACACUCGUCAGCAUGAACAACCUGGCACUCGUUCUCGAAAGGCAGGGGAAGUACGACGAGGCAGAGCAGAUGCAUCGGCAGACACUCGAGCUGAGGGAGAAGGUAUUGGGACCAGAGAAUCCCUCCACACUCGUUAGCAUGGGCAACCUAGCAGGCGUGCUCGAAAGGCAGGGGAAGUACGACGAGGCAGAGCAGAUGCAUCGGCAGACACUCGAGCUGAGCCAGAAGGUAUUGGGACCAGAGAAUCCCUCCACACUCGUCAGCAUGAACAACCUGGCACUCGUUCUCGAAAGGCAGGGGAAGUACGACGAGGCAGAGCAGAUGCAUCGGCAGACACUCGAGCUGAGCCAGAAGGUAUUGGGACCAGAGAAUCCCUCCACACUCGUCAGCAUGAACAACCUGGCACUCGUUCUCGAAAGGCAGGGGAAGUACGACGAGGCAGAGCAGAUGCAUCGGCAGACACUCGAGCUGAGGGAGAAGGUGCUGGGAUCAAGCCAUCCGUCAACACUCAGAACACAACGUAACAUCCAGGCUCAUUUGGACGCUUGGACCGGCUGUAGCUCCUCGUCUGUCAUAGACUGAUUUUACCUUACGUACAUAUCUCCCAGAUCGUAGAUAUAUAUAAAUCAGCUGGCCGUCCGGAGCCAUCAUAGCUGACGCACUGCCGCUGAUACGAAAAACUAGGCAUCAAACCUUACAUAGUGUGUGUGUGUGUGUUAUAUUUAACGCCGUGGCGGCAAGGGCGCAGCCGCCCUUGCCGCCGACCUCCCGAAGGGUAUAUGGCGUGGAGAGCCGUCGCCCUAUAACUAUUGCUAGAUACGGUUCAAAUCGUGCCUUAUGGCUACUAUG